AUGCAGCACAACAGCAGCAGUACUUCUUCAUCGCCAGGUUUGGGACUGUGUGGCCUCGGAGGAGACGAAGGUGAAGACCUGUGGAACCGGAGCACCGGGACCCAACGCAACCUCUCUGUCCGCUGCUGGCUCCAACUGUUGUCCAAAGAAGCCAUGCCAGAGCUGUAUGGUGACACGUCGAGCAUGGCCCUGCGCGUAGUCAUCGCUCUUGUCUACCUGGUGGUGUGUGCUCUUGGGUUGGUGGGCAACCUGCUAGCGCUAUAUCUGCUCAAAUCUCGGCACCGACUCAAGCAGUCGUCCAUAAACUGCUUCGUCAUGAGCUUGGCUAUAACAGACCUGCAAUUUGUACUGACCCUUCCUUUCUGGGCUGUGGACACGGCGUUGGAUUUUCGCUGGCCAUUUGGCAAGGUCAUGUGCAAAAUCAUCAGCUCGGUCACCACCAUGAAUAUGUACGCCAGCGUCUUCUUCCUGACAGCUAUGAGCGUGGCACGUUACUGUUCUUUAGCCUCGUCCUUACGCAUGCACAGCCCCAAGAUGGCGUCGGCUGAGGUGAAAUGGGCAAGUGUGGCCAUCUGGCUUGUGUCUCUGCUGGCAACGUUGCCUCAUGCUGUGUACUCAACCACGGCACAAGUGUCAGAUGAUGAACUUUGCCUUGUACGCUUCUCAGACCUGGGAAACUGGGACCCACAGCUUCUGCUGGGUCUCUAUCAGACACAAAAAGUGCUCCUGGGUUUUGUCAUUCCACUGGUUAUUAUCUGCGUUUGCUACCUGCUUCUGCUCCGAUUCGUGUUGCAAAGACGAGUUAGCGGGAUCCCCGGCUCAGACAGCGAACGAGGGAGGCACAAGCGCCGGUCCAAAGUCACUAGAUCUGUCACCAUUGUGGUCCUGUCAUUCUUCUUGUGCUGGCUGCCCAACCAGGCCCUGACACUUUGGGGUGUCCUAAUCAAGUUCGACUUGGUGCCAUUUAGCAAGGCCUUCUAUAAUGCCCAGGUCUACGCCUUCCCCAUUACCGUGUGCCUUGCACACACCAACAGCUGUCUGAAUCCAGUGCUUUACUGCCUUAUUCGGCAGGAGUAUCGUGCCAGUCUCAAGAAGCUGCUGCUGAGAGCCACACCAUCCUUACGCAACCUGACCAAAAUGAUGCGCAGGAAUAAGAAGGUUGCCGAUGCUCCACCUAGCCUGGCUGUCGUACAGAUGGAUGCUGGGCUGUGA